CCCCUCCUCCACAAACAAAAAACCUCCCAACCAACCCACGCCCUCAUAAUAGGCGCCGGCCUCACCGCCGCCCAACUAACCCACCUCCUCCUCUCCCCGCCCCACAACAUCUCCAAAAUCACCCUCCUCGCCCGCCACCCGCUCCGCACCAAACCCUUCGACGUCGACCUCGCCUGGAUGGGCAAAUUCCGCAAUAUCAACCAGGCAUACUUCUACGGCGCCGACUCCGACCAGGACCGCAUCUCCAUGAUCGCCCAGGCGCGUGGCGGCGGAAGUAUCACGCCCCCCUUUACCCGCCAUCUGCGCACCUGGCAAGCGAGGCACCGCCUCGAUAUCCGCGAAUGCAGCGUCGUGGAUUGGGAAUGCAGCACAUUCGACGAGAAGAAUCGCACGUGGAAUGUCCGCACGACGUCUACCACCAACCCCACCGAGAAAGCCACAGUAGAAGACGUAGAUUGGAUCUACCACGCCACCGGCGCGCCAACCUGCACGGCUAGUAUCCCCUGUCUGCAGACGCUCCUUGCAUCGCAUCCGAUCGCGACGUGUGGUGGGCUGCCGUGCUUGACGGAGGAGUUGCAGUGGAGGGCGGAUGUGCCGUGUUGGGUGACGGGGAAGAUGGCGGGGUUGAGGGUCGGGCCUGGAGCGGGGAAUUUGGGGGGUGCGAGGGUGGGCGCGGAGAGGGUUGUUGUGGGGGUGCAGGAGUGGUUGGGGAGGGGAGGGGGUGGUGGUGGUGGUGGUGGUGGUGAGGGGGAGAAGGGAGAGGGUGUGGAUGGAGAGGAGGGGCAGGGAGAGAAAAGGGGGGAGAAAUGGGAGGAGAUGAUGGAGAGGAGGGAUAGCGCGUUGGAGAGGGACGAGUAUACGACGGCGCGGGGCAAUCGGUUCCGGACGUUGGAUUUUGCGGCGUUGGAGGGGGAUGAGUGAGGGAGUGAGGGAGUGAGUAAGAGCUUCAUGGUUGUGUAUGUGUAUGUAUAUACGCAGAUAGAUGGUCAUUGUUCAUAUGGCAUGGCAUGGCAUGGCGAUUCAAAAGCAAUGAGUUUCUACAAACAAACUAUUCGUGUUGAAUUAAAAAAGGGGUAAAAGUGGAUAUAUAUGUUUCGAAUCAAAAGUACGAACCUGGUAAACAGGUAUCAUGUGUCUUAUAUUCAGUACUACUCUUCAUUCGUGUAUCGCUGUUUGUAUAUGUAUGUCGUGUAUCAAAUACCAAAU